AUGUUAAAGUUUGGCUCGAAACAUGACAGCAAUAUUGUUUACAAGUGUACAGUUAGGCUCCUUGAAGACACAGAAAUACUGGAGUGCGAGUACAAGCCGCAGCAUAAAGGAAAAUAUUUAUUAGAAUACGUAUGCCAGCAGCUGAAUCUCGUUGAGCAGGAUUAUCUAGGACUUCGCUAUGUUGACAACCAAGAUCAAAGACACUGGCUGGAUUUGGGAAAGUCCAUUUGCAAACAAGUGAAAGAUCUUGACCCAGUUUUGUUUAGCUUCAGGGUGAAGUUUUACCCUCCUGACCCCUUUAGACUUAAAGAAGAAAUAACGCGAUACCAGGUAUUUUUGCAACUGAAAAGAGAUUUGUUGCAUGGCAGACUGUAUUGUGGUACUAAUGAAGCUGCAAUGUUGGCUGCUUUAAUAGUACAAGGAGAACUUGGUGACUAUGAUCCUGAGAUACAUUUAGGGAAUUAUGUAUCUGAUAUGAAAAUGUUAUUAAAGCAGACAGAAGCGCUUGAAGAAAAAAUUGCAGAUAUACAUCAGAGACAGUUAAAAGGCCAGGAUCAAAGUCAAGUAGAAACUUCUUUUUUAAAACUUGCUUGUCAACUUGAUACAUAUGGAGUUGACCCUCAUCCUGUAAAAGGUUUGUUACAGGAUCAGAAAGGAACUCAGCUUUAUUUGGGUAUAAACUACAGUGGAAUUUUGACUUUUCAAGGUAGUAGGAAAACCCAUCAUUUUAGGUGGCCAGAUAUACAAAAGAUAAACUAUGAAGGAAAAAUGUUUAUAAUACACCUGAACUACAAUGAUAAGAAACAUACUGUAGGAUUUAAGUGCCUCUCAGGGCAAGCUUGCAGACAUGUUUGGCGGUGUGCUGUUGAACAAAUGCUGUUUUUUACUUUGCCAACUAGCUCUGAUGCUCCAUCCGUGGUAACCGGAGGUGGUUUCUUUUCGUGGGGUACGAAAUUCAAAUACACUGGUAGAACAGAAAAAGAAAUAUUAGAAGAUAGUGGUUCCCCAUCUAGGGAGGAACCUAGCAUCCAACGUUCAUCUAGUGUUAGGAGAAAAGCGUCUAGUGUACCUGCUACUCCAUCUACUCCUUUACAGCCUCAUUUAGGGUAUUGUAGCUUACCCCGUUCAAGUCACUCCGACGUAGGUGGUUCAAGAAUGGAAUCCAGUAAUAGCAUUGGUUUACUCUCAGGAUUAGACAAUAAUCCUACUCAAAUAUACAGCGACGUGGCUGCCUUGGAAACUGUUACUGAAGAUCAAGAAGCUUUAGGUGUUACAAAAUUACGCACUACAGUGUUAAAAGAUGAUUCUGUGGACAGAUUUAGUGAUUAUUACUUUCGUGAUUCUUUUGAACAUUCCUCAUCGGAAUCUCAGUUAGUAGACAACUAUCGCGGAUACGAAACUACCAAUCCAUCACACCGUUCCAGCAGGAGUCAAACGCCAUUAUCCCAUUCUCAGGUUGACGGCAGGAUAUACCUGCCAAAUUCGGCUCAACCUCUGCCACCACCGCCCACGAAAAAAACCAAAAAGUUCAACCUCCUAAGCGCGUUCAUUCCAUCUCUGGUCAUCGUGGUGGUGUUGGCUAUUGUUUCUACCAUAGUUGUUUUAGAAAGCAACUGGGAGUUAUUGAGUAGUUUUAAAAAUAUUCCAGAAAUGGUGUCUUUGAAGUACCAAGUGUAUGAGCCAAUUAAGCAGUACUGGAAGAACAAAAUGGGCGUUCUGUUUUGA